AUCUGGUAGCAUGAUAAAAAGAACCAUUAUAUAAAUGGGCUGCUUGUUUUUAGACGACAAUAGUUUGGUUCUCAGGAGGGGAAAAAGACUGAGAUGGCUUUGUGAUGAAUGAUUAUUACCAUUAUGGCUAAAGAUUAAUGAAAAUGGAAGGCCUGUAGACCUGUGAAUAAAGAUGGACAUUUUUGGAGGGUAAUGAAGCUCCACUAUUGUCUCCAUCUGGUAACAUUUCUUGCAGCCAACCAUCUUUUUUGAGGUUAACAAGACAAGAGAGGAACCAAAAUGUCUGUUGCUGCCUACAUCAGGACUAAGGUUGAGCAUCUCUUAUCCAAAAUUCCAAGACCUUCCCACCGUCCCGCGGCGGCUCCUGUCCCUUUAAAUCGCCCUAGCGGCGCCCCGCUGCAUGCUGGGCCUCGUAGUCCAGCAACGCCCUCUAGUGAUAUUCCCGCGAUCCCCGGCCCCGGACUACGACUCCCAGGGUGCCUUUGGUCGUCCUGGAAACAGAGCCUCAAAGCGGAAGCCCCGCCCUUCGAGUCCGCUGGAAGGAGGAAGGCGCGGAGCUCGGAGUUGAGAAAGAUGCCAGCGCUGGACGAACUCUACCUGACGGAGAAGGAUGCCGCGACCGGGACCAUGAAGACCCUGCCCGCCUUGCACCCGUCCCAGAUGAGCAAGGAGCGGGCCUUCCCACAGUACCGCCCUCCUCCGCCCAAGGGGGCGUGGCCCAGCGCAGAGUGGGAGGAGUUCCUGGCAAGGACCGCCUCUCUGGCCGACGCCCUCGAUUGGCUCCUCGCCCUGCCACACCACCGAUUCUGGUCCCAGGUGGUCUUUGACGAGCGCCUGCAGAAGACCCUGGACGCCUUCCUGAGCUCGGCCCCACGCAAGUUCGACGCCACGGCCACGCAUGACGACGAACACGUGUCCCCGGAAGUGGAGGCGGUCCAGAGGCGGCUCCACCGCGGCGUCUUCAUGACCUUCCUCCGAAUGUCCACUCACAAGGAGUCCCCGGAGCACUUCCUUUCUCCGCCGGCCUUCGGGGAGAUUGUCUACAACCACUUCCUGUUCGACAUCCCCAAAAUCAUGGACCUCUGCGUCCUCUUCGGGAAGGGCAACGGGCCCCUCCUCCACAAGAUGAUACAGAACGUGUUUGCGCAGCAGCCGAGCUACUUUGCCGACUUGGACGAGUCCCUUCCCACCGUCCUCCAGGUCUUUGGGAGCGUCCUGGAGCGGUGCGGCUUAGCGUCGGCGUCGGGCGAAGGGACGCCCCAGAAGCUGGGAGAGCGGCCGCGGCCCACCCCGCACGACAUGCCCCUCCAGGACCUGGCGGAUAUCGUGCGGUACGUGUGCGACUCGUGCGUGACGCUCUGGGCUUUCCUGGAGGUUUUCCCACUGGCCGCAAACACCUUCCACAAGCACGACUUCUGCGCCAGGUUGGCGUCCUUUUACGAGCUGCUGGUCCCGGAGCUGGAGUCCGCCAUCAAGAGGAGGCGCCACCAAGAUCCCAGGCUGCUGUCGGACUUGUGGCGGAGGCUGUCUCAUUCGAAGCGGAAGAUAGCCGAGCUCUUCCACCUCCUGGUGCAGCACCUCUGCCUACAGCCCAUCCUCGAGAACAGUGCUGAGAGCAUCCAUCCCUUUGUGGAAGAGUUUCUCCAGAUCUUUGCCUCCGUCCUUCAGGAAAGAAGAUUCCUCUGCGAAUACGACUCGCUUUUCCCGGUGGCCGACGACGUGAGCCUCCUCCAACAGGCUUCACCCCAGUUGGAUGAGACACGCACCUCAUACCUGCUGCAGGCAGUCAAAGGCGCCCGCAAGGAGGAGAAGGAGGAGGAAGGAGGAAGCCACGCGGGGAGGGGGGGACCUCGGAAAACUCCCGCGGGGGGCGGCCUCGAAACUGCCAUCCCGGAAACGGCCGUGGAGGUCCCGCGGGAAGAGGAAGAGUCGGACCUCACUGGGCUGGUGUGUCAGGUGAAGGAGGUGUUCCCGGACCUGCCGGAGGGGUUCGUGGAGUGCUGCUUGCGGGAACACGGCCGCGACGUGGAGAGGGUCAUCCACCUCCUCCUGGAAGGGAAGAUCCCCCGGCCCGCAGACCCCGACCCAACCCCGCUGCUGAGGUCGCGGCACAACGUCUUCCAGGACGACGCCUUCGACGUCUUCUCCUCCGACCACGUCGACCUCUCCCGCGUCCAGAAGGGAAAGCGGGCGGAGGGGCGGAGCACGCGGCUGCUGCUGGAGGACAAGCGCUUCCUGUCGGGUCAGCGGGGCCGCUACGAGCAGUACUCGCUGGUGGCGGAGGAGGAGGAGGAAAUCCCGGCCAAGGCGUACGACGAUGACGAGUACGACGACACCUACGAUGGGAACCAGGUGGGCGCCAACGACGCCGACUCCCACGACGAGCUCCUCCUCCGCAGGCCGUUCACGGUCCCUCAGGUCCUGAGGUCGAGGCCGAACAAAGGGAAGGAAGAGGAAGAGGAAGACGAGGAGGAGGAAGAGGAAGAGCAGGAGGGGCCCAAGGACCACUUUGUGCAGGAUCCGGCCGUGUUACGGGAACGAGCCGAAGCCCGCCGCAUGGCCUUCCUCGCCAGGAAAGGGCCUCGUGGGGACCCUUCCUCCUCCUCGUCCAAUGGAAGAGGUCAGUCCAAGGCGGAGGCGGGGCCGGAGCGGCGGCGGAAGGAGGCGGCCAAGGCCAGCCGGGCCAAUCACAGCCGGCGCCUGAUGUCCGACCGCAAGCGCAGCAAGGGCAUGGUCCCACAAUAACCAAUAAAGGAGCCGUGCGUUGUGCCGUG